CCAAAUCAAUCCAAAGGACGUAAACAAAAACUCGUGCUUUUCACAAUGGUUUGAAAGUUUCAAUCCUUUCGCCACUUUCGCGUUUACAUUAAUUGGCUUAUCUUAUGAAUCACUGACGCACGUUCACCAAAAGUUGGAGCAAAAAUCUGUGCUCAUGGAAAGCACUACGAGAACUGUUCGCACUGUUUGUCGGACGGAACACGUCUACAUGGACGUUUCACUCCGUUUUGAAGAGCCUGGCGAAGAAGUUGAUGCAGCAAUGUUCAAGUUUAUUAUACAGCAAGCCUUGAGGACAUCGUUUGGUGAAGUCGGUGCAUCCGUUCAUGUCGACGUUCUGAAGUUCAGGGAAGACAGAUCUGCGCGCUUACUUGCGAGUUUUGUCCAGCAACCUGGUCAGGCUUUGGAGCUCUCUCACACUGACCUCCAGCUACAACGGAAGGCCGUGUUCCUUUCGAGUGUACAAGGUGUCCCCUAGCCCGGCCUCGCUGGCAGUGUCAAGUUUACACUAUCAGCAUCUACCAGCUGCAGAAGAAAAUGCUGCCGAAUAAGUGCUCGAGCUCCUUGUUUGCUUCAUAUUCCUCCACGUACCGACAGCUGCACCUUUUAAGUAAAGGGACACUUGCGUCUUCUGUCACCACAAUGGCUAAGCUAUUGGUCAAAGCCUGGCAACCGAUUGUUCUUCGAAAAAGAUUCUCCACAGUUCGGACUGACCCUAGUGGCAGCGGUGCAUUUUGUCUGUCAAAAAAAUUAUGCCCUGAGAAUCAUCUUGACGAGAGACUUCGAAUAAACUUUGCCAUUCAUCUUCAUUGAAA